UGGCUUUCACAGGGUUGUUUUGGAGGAAGUUAAAGCAGAUCCCGAAACAGAAAAAGACCCGUCAGGUAACUGGGGGGGCAAUAGCGGUUACAACACCCGUAUCGGUAUCUCCGAUUCAGGAUUGGUUCACUCACACUCUAGCCUAAGCGAUCCAGUCUUCCGCUGGCGACAGAGGCUGGAGUUAUUGUUUGUUUUUCUCAUAAACAUCAGGCUUGUGUAAGGACACGGUAGCGAUUUAGCUCACAGGCUAACGUUACACCUCAGCGCAGAUACAGACUGAUAUUCGCUAGAACUCCUGUUUUAUAAACCAGAUAUGGGAUACAGCAGGUCAAGAGCGGUUCCAGUCUCUGGGUGUGGCUUUCUACCGCGGUGCUGACUGCUGUGUGCUGGUGUUUGACGUCACUGCCCCCAACACCUUCAAGACCCUGGACAGCUGGAGGGACGAGUUUCUGAUCCAGGCCAGCCCACGCGACCCAGAAAACUUCCCCUUCGUGGUGCUGGGCAACAAAAUCGAUCUGGAGAAUAGGCAGGUAACAACCAAGCGGGCACAAGCUUGGUGUCAGAGUAAGAACAACAUCCCGUACUUUGAGACCAGUGCAAAGGAAGCCAUCAACGUAGAGCAGGCUUUCCAGACCAUCGCACGCAAUGCACUCAAACAGGAAACCGAAGUGGAGUUAUACAACGAGUUUCCGGAGCCAAUUAAACUAGACCGGAAUGAUAGAGCCAAGCCAUCAGCAGAGACUUGUAGCUGCUGAGGACCUCCAGGGGGCGAUAUGUUUCAUGCUCAGCCUCUCUGGCCUUGUCUCUGCCCUCCCUUCCCCCCCAUCUCUCUCUCUCUCGUGUUCUUUUUCACUCCUCCCUCCUUUUUCUCAAUAUAAUCACUGGCCUUUGUAGACGAGCAGACUUCCUCUCAUUCAGUAUCCUACACAGUUCGCAUUCACAACACAACACACUCCCACACCCACAUAUGCUCAAUCUGACACCCAUUUCCGUACAAGAAUCCCGACAUUUCGCACCGGUUCUGCAGAAUCAUCACCUUGCCCACAUAAAAAGUCUUCUCAACACUUGAAUGGCUCUUGAGACUUUUUAUAUGAUCCCAUCCCACAGUGCAAUUUAAAAAAUGUGUGACGUGUGCGCUGAAAGAUGGGGUGAGGGGGGUUAUCAGAGCUUUAAAGCCGUAUGUUGGAACCAGAUCUACCCACCAUGUUCUUCAUCAUUCUGCUUGAAAUAAGAUGGCGGCCUGGCAUAGAGCAUGCUACAUUUUCCUCUCAAAGCCGUAAACCUGAAAACGCUCUUCAGUUGGCCAGGUCCCGAAGCACUGGAGGUCUAACACUGCCCCCACUGUCACAUCUGAGAACUGCAAUUAAUCCAGUGUACGCCCAAUAGCUGUCCUCAAUAUGGAAAACGAAAACAUGAAUUCCCAACCAAGUGAUGGGAAAUUUAGAUAUUACAUUUAAAUUAUCUAACAUUCAUACUAUUAUGACAAUUAGUAUCUCUUUGUAUUUUUUUUUGUUUGUCAUCAAUCCUCAUGUCAGCAUGAAAGAGCCACCGCAUCUGCCAUGAACAUUUUUUUUUUUUUAAUUUCAUAUCUUGCCUGAACUCUACCAGUAGCUCAGGAUGGUAGAGAAUUUAAGUGCUCAGUUUCACUCAGAUCUUUUCCUGUCUGUUCAUUAUUAUUGUAAUUAUUAUUAUCUUUGUUGCAUUAUAUACAAAUAAACACAACUAGACAACAUUUGGGGAAAACUGAAUUGUUCAUGACUA